GGCUGUGGGAGGGGGCAGAGGCGAGCGCAGGGAAGCCGCCGCCGCCGCCCCGCUCCUCCUGCCCCCCUUUGGCUCGGGGCUCGUCUGCCUUGGCGAACCUCGCCUUGCGCUGGAGGGAAGAGCCCUCCUCUCGGAGAGGCAGGGCAGGGCCCCUCCUCUGGAGCGCUGACGGUACCAUGAUAUAAUAAUGAUGGGUGGCGGAGCCCGCAUUUGAACUUGCAGGCAAAGCGGGCUGGGUGCAUCUGGGUGCCUGCAGCUCCCCAAGCCGGACUUCCACAGCCGGGGAUCAGGUGUUCACCACCGGGGGGGUCACGAGGAGAAAAACUCCCGAGCCUGGACCAGCGACUAAGAAGCCCAGGGCUUGCAUGAGGGCACUUCUGGAUUAACAAGCACGCUGUGAUUUUUAUUUUUAUUUUUUGGUGCUCCUUUCCAAUCGUUCUUUUUUUCUUGAUUUUUUCCCCAGUCUCUGCAAUAAACUGCUUUAAAAGGUCAAGAUGUUAAAAAAUCUCUUAUGGAUGUGUUGGACCUUAGCCAUAACAGGUGCACUUCACAAAGAAAAAAGCCCACCAGUGAAGGGCUCGCUCUCUGGAAAAGUCAUCCUCCCUUGCUUCUUUUCGACCUUGCCUACUUUGCCUAACUACCACAGUUCAAAUGAACUUUUCCGGAUUAAGUGGUCAAAGAUCGAACAGGAUAAAGGCGGAAAAGAUCUAAGAGAAACCACUGUUUUGGUGGCCCAGAAUGGGAAAGUCAAGCUAGAGCGAGGCUACAAAGACAGGGUGUCUGUUCCGAGCAACUGGGAAGACAUUGGUGAUGCAUCAUUGACUAUGGAGAAAUUGCAGGCAAGCGAUGCUGGGGUUUACCGCUGCGAUGUCAUCUAUGGAAUUGAAGAUACCCAAAAUGUUGUCUCAUUAGCUGUGGAUGGUAAGAGUACACUUUUGUAUUUGUUCAUCUGCUUUAUCAGCUUCAAAUUACAAAAUGAAUCAUUAUAUAUGAAUGAACUAGCAUGUUUAAUAUGUUUCGCAAAGCUUUUCCCGUUUGCCGGCAAGAUACUGUUACAUCUCAAUUAUCUUCUUAGCCUCCCUUUCUACUCCUGCUGUUUCUAGUUUCCUGGGAGAGUC